AUUCAGUUUGUUUUAUACUCUUGUACAAAACACAUCAAUUUUUACUUGAAACAAAUCACAAAAUUUCAAGUUUGUUUCGAUACAAUAUUUUUUUUUUUCACUAAAUAAGUUUAACGUAAAUAGAGGUACGUCAUGAGUUCACUGCAGCUCAAAGGUAGUAAGACGGCGGUCAAAAAUCAAAACACCAAGAAAACUUUAGAUGAACAUCUCAUGGACGCAGAUGGACUCACGUUUGACUUUGAUAAUGCGCCCAUCAUUAACUUCCUGAAGGAGUUUUGGUAUAGCAACAAAGAUUCUUACACGGAUUCGCAAAUUGCGGUAGCGGCUGUGAAGAAAUGGAACGAUAUGUCGAUCGGCGAUCGAUGCCAAUACGCUGGGCAGAGCCCACCCAUAGCUAUACCGAUUGAUACCGAUUGCUCUAGCACUAGCACUAUCAAGCUGCCCAGCUCUGCGAACAGCGAUGACCAAAUAGAAUCUAAGCCAGAUACCUCAAAGGCCACAGACGCUUUCUUUGGCAACAUGGAGGACGAAUGUCGAAGGAGGGAGCCCAAGUGCGUUAAGCCCAGGAAGCGAUGCGCCAAGCCGAGGGCGAUGUCAAAGGUUAAGAAAAGGUGCGCCAAGCCCAAGCCCAAGUGCGCCAGAGCCAAGCCAAAAUGCCCCAGGCCGAGGAAGAAGAUGGCCAGGUGCCCCAAGGCUAAGCCCGCGUGCCCCAAACCAAGGUGUUCCAAGUAACCGUAGAGAAGCGCAAGUCCUUUUGCCGCAAACCUUUAGGCCAUAUUUAGAUCCAGACAGAACAGACAGCACUGCUUGAAUCAAAGAAGUUGAAGAACCCCCGGGAUAAAGCGGUCCUCAAGGCAGGAAGUUCCAACUUAUAUUCUUUAAAGCCCCACAUAAGCAUAAAUAAAAGUAUAUGUCUGUUAAAA